AUGCAGCAAGUAGUCCUCUCAUCAAACUCAGCUACAACACAGAUGCACUACUGUACAGUAGGGUCACGAAAGAAUCCAGCCCGUUCACAGAGGACCGCGAAGGAAAAUGAAUUCACAAAGUAUCCCCAACGACGUGGCGCCACUAUCAUCCAAAUGGCGUCUACCUUUGACCCAAAAAGCAGCAUGACCAAAAGUGGCCGAAGUAAGGGGGGCUGCAACAUGCACACUGAAUCACAACAAAAAAUUGAGUUUGAGAGAAAAUUCCGUGGUUUGUGCUCAGUGGCACCAAUGUAUGAGAAUGAGCUGAGGAAGCUUGGGCCAAGAAAGGGCGCCGAGGCUUGA